GCUAUAAAUACAUUUGACUGCUCUGUAAUUUUAAUAAAUUUCUCUCUACGCCCUAGACACUUUUCUCCUCUUAAAUCAUUUUCCCCUUUUUCUUCUUCCAUAUCGAUUUUUCCUCGAAUUUUAGGUGGAAUUUUCGUUGUGUUUCUCUAUCGCCGUUGGUUGCCGGAGAUCGUACAUUCUCGCCGACUUACAAAGUUUUGUACAUAAUACUUCUUUAGUUUCUUCAGGAGACCUAGUUGGUGAUGAAUCCGAGACCAAGAUUUCAAUCGCCAGGGAUGGGGGGCCGUGGAGGCGGCGGCGGUGGGAGUAUGCAUCCAAAUACUAACCCAAACUUUCAACAUAGAAAUUCUCAGCAGUACAUUCAGAGAGGACCAGCACCCUAUCAGCAGCCGCAGCCGCAACAACAACAACAGCAUUUUCAGAAUCAGCAAACACAGCAGUGGCUUAGAAGAAACCAGUUGCCAUCUCCCGAUUCCACCGUUGCCGAGGUUGAAAAGAAUGUACAGUCCGAAGCCGUUGACCAGAGUUCACAAGAAUGGAAGGCUAGAUUGAAGAUACCACAGCCUGAUACUCGAUACAGAACAGAGGACGUGACAGCAACUAAGGGAAAUGAAUUUGAAGACUACUUUCUUAAGCGCGAACUGCUUAUGGGAAUUUAUGAAAAGGGAUUUGAGAGACCAUCGCCAAUCCAAGAGGAGAGCAUUCCAAUUGCGCUAACUGGAAGUGACAUAUUGGCUAGGGCCAAAAAUGGAACUGGGAAGACUGCUUCCUUCUGCAUUCCUGCUUUAGAGAAAAUUGAUCAAGACAAGAAUGUGAUUCAAGCUAUUAUUCUUGUCCCAACUCGAGAAUUGGCCCUCCAAACAUCUCAAGUUUGUAAAGAACUCGGGAAGCACCUAAAAAUUCAAGUCAUGGUUACCACUGGGGGGACUAGCUUAAAGGACGACAUAAUGAGACUGUAUCAGCCAGUUCAUUUACUUGUUGGUACUCCUGGAAGAAUUCUUGACCUUGCAAAAAAGGGGGUGUGUGUUUUGAAAGAUUGCUCCAUGUUUAUCAUGGAUGAGGCUGAUAAGCUUCUUUCACCGGAAUUCCAGCCUUCCAUCGAGCAGCUGAUCUGCUUCCUACCUGCAAAUCGCCAGAUUUUGAUGUUUUCUGCAACAUUUCCUGUUACUGUCAAAGACUUUAAAGAAAGAUAUUUGCGCAAGCCAUAUGUUAUCAACCUCAUGGAUGAACUUACACUCAAGGGUAUAACACAAUUUUAUGCUUUCGUUGAAGAAAGACAGAAGAUUCACUGCCUUAACACUCUCUUCUCAAAGCUUCAAAUUAACCAAUCAAUUAUCUUUUGCAACUCUGUAAAUCGUGUGGAACUUCUUGCGAAAAAGAUUACUGAGCUGGGCUAUUCAUGCUUCUACAUUCAUGCUAAGAUGCUUCAAGAUCAUAGAAACAGGGUGUUUCAUGACUUCCGCAAUGGUGCCUGCAGGAACCUUGUUUGUACUGAUUUGUUUACUAGAGGAAUAGAUAUUCAAGCAGUUAAUGUUGUUAUCAAUUUUGAUUUCCCUAAGAACUCAGAAACGUAUUUGCACAGGGUUGGACGAUCAGGGAGAUUUGGACACCUUGGUUUAGCUGUUAGCCUGAUUACUUUUGAGGAUCGCUUCAAUUUGUAUAGAAUUGAACAAGAAUUAGGAACAGAGAUCAAGCAAAUCCCUCCACAGAUAGAUCAAGCUAUAUAUUGUCAGUGAACCAGUUAGCUGUGGUUGAUGGUGCUGCAAGUGGAGAUGCCAGAUUUCACUUUCUAAGGGCGUGCAACUCCAGAGUUUUAAAGAGGAACUUGGCAGAUUCAUGGUUGUGGAACAACAAAAAUGCAUAUUAGAUGUCAGGCUUCUAAUGACUAAAGAAUCAAAUGGUACAUAUUGACACUCAAUCGGUCCUCAGUAACUGCGUCUAUCUUUGUGGGCAUCUGGAUUACGUAGUAUUUGGCACUUGUAGUUGUUUCCUUUGCUCUGUAUGUCUGUUGGAAACUGUCAGGGUAUUUAGCCUUUUCUUCGAUCUGUGUUCGUGUGCACAUGGGUUCAGUGUUUGGGCAUUGUCCUGGAGAAGUGGUGCUUAAGGAUAUAAUGGAACAUCUUAAAUGAUGGAAAGGAGUUUGGCUGAAUUGAUUGUGAGAUGAGGAUCAGAUAUCUAAUAAAUAUCCAACUGCACUUUUGUUUAUCGAAGUUUGUAUAGCCCGUCUUUGAAGGGCUCUGCAUUAUUCCUUUAUAGCUUUUUCUCUUGUUUUGUUAUGUUUUGGAACACUUGACGGUGUUGCUUUUUUCAUGGGUGUAGUAGUCAAUUUGGCUGAUUUUGAAGAGUAUGAUCCUAAUGUAGUGCUUUGUCUUUGUUUCUUGUUGUGUGGAUACUGUUCUCCUUUUCUGAUAUCUCAAAAAGGAGAAUGUUUUGUUGCAGAA